AUGUUGAAUAUACAAAACCUUGUUCCAGACAUGAGCGAAUCAUCCGAUGAUGAAAUGGAAACAAAUGAUAAUGAUUUACAACCAAAUAAAAAAAUCAACAAAAGACAAACAAGAUGUUGGCUUAAAAAAGCUGAAUUUAGUAAUGUUCACGAAGCUCAUGCAUCAAUCGAACUUAUAUGGUCAAAACAUUAUACAAACAAUGGUGAAAGUGGUAAAAAAGUAUAUUAUCGGUGUAAAAAAUCAAAAGUCCGUGGUCUUCAAUGUCGUGCAGGUAUGUAUUUAUUAUUUAAUUCAAACAGCGAUACAGUUUCUAUGUAUAAAACGGAAGCUAAUCAUGAUCAUGUUGAAGUAGAAGAAGUUCGUGGUAUUAAUGAAGAUAUCAAAAGAUCUAUUGAAGAAUUAUUUAAUGAUGGAAUUACCAAACCAAAACAAAUUAUUCGAGCAUUACAAGUACGAGAUAUAACAGUACCAACGAUUAUAAAGAUAAAAAAUUAUCUUGUUCAAUAUAAAAAGAAAAAAUUUGGAUCUUACAUUAUUAGCCUGGGAGAAUUAGAUGAUUGGUGUGGAAGACAUAUGGAUGUUCCACUUAAUGAAAAUGAAUCUUUUGUAGUUUCUUAUCAAAUAAUAUAUGCAGAUGAAGAUACUGAAGACAUUGAAGACAAUGAUGAUUUUAAUGAAAAUAAAUUUCGUAUAUUUAUCUCAUCUGUGCGAUUGUUAACCAUCGCAUCCAUAUCAUCACAUAUUUGUGCAGACGCGACGUAUAAGUUAAUAUGGCAGGGUUAUCCAGUAUUAAUAAUUGGUACGACAGAUUUAAAUAAGGUAUUUCACCCUUUCGGUUUAGCCAUAUGUACAAAUGAAAAAACAAAAGACUUCGAAUUCAUAUUUAGAAGUGUACAAAUAGGUAUGAAAAAAAUUAAUAAGGAAUUACUUAAUCCAACAGCACUGGUAGCUGAUGCUGCUGAUGCAAUUAAAAAUGGUUUCCAAAAUGUAUUUAAUAAUGAAUAUAAUCACAUUAUGUGUUGGUCCCACAUGAAAACAAAAAUUGACAAUUAUGUUUGUCAUAUAGACAAUAAAGAUAUAGCUAAAGAAAUCAUACAUGAUAUUGAAUUACUUCAUUUAUCCAAUUCUACUGUUGUUUUCAAGCUGGCAACAAUUUUAUUUUUCAAAAAAUGGAGAAAUAACAAGAAACCAAUCAAUGAAACGAUCGAAGAUUUUUUAGAUUAUUUUGAUAACGAAUGGAUUCAAUCGCAUAGUGGAUGGUACGAAGGCAUCCAACUUUACACGCCAUCUACAAAUAAUGGCUUAGAGGUAACUAAUCGAGUGAUCAAAGCCGAUGGUACAUUUAGGGAGCGUCACGUCUUAUCUAGAUUUUUGACAAUCAGUUCAACUAUAGUUAAUCAUUGGUCUAUUGAACGUGAUUUAUCUUCAACAAAUGUUAAAGUAUUUGCUACAGAAUCAACAAUAUCUUUACGACUAUGGACUUCUUCAUACCAAUGGGCUAAAACUACUAAAGAAAUUAUCUGUAUUCAAAUGGUAUGUAUUAAACAAAAAUGGACAAGCUUCAAACUGUUCGAAAAGUCAUAUGAUGUUUGGUGUUUAGAAAUGAUGGAUGAUUUAAAUUGGAAAACAUCCAAAUGUAGUUGUCCGGCUUUUCUUAAAGAUUACAUAUGCAAGCAUAUGGUUGGAAUGGCUAUUCGUCUGAAAAUUUGCAAACCACCUGCAGCAGCAAAAGCAAUUCCAAUCAACAGCAAAAGAAAACGAGGACGACCAGCAAAAGCCAAACGUGCAUUAGUGGUGCAAUAA